CUCGGAUGCGCAUGUUAGCUGAUGGCUUACCGCAUGUCAGCAUUGUGGGCGCUCUUGCGAAAGUUGACAUAGCCUACAGCACGUGCACAACAUUAUGGAGACCAAAGCGAAAGUGGCCAAAGUGGAGGAAUCCUCUAACGGUAUGGAAGUCGAUUCAGCAACUUCAAAUCAUAUGGAUGAGAGCAAGGAACCAUGUCAGAAGCAACCUUCGUCUACGACGCCGGAUUCCAAACCUUCUGCCUCUGAAAUGACAAGUGCUGAUUAUUAUUUUGAUUCCUACGCUCAUUUCGGAAUCCAUGAGGAAAUGAUCAAGGAUGAAGUACGCACAACAACAUAUCGCAAUGCAAUGUAUUACAACAGGCAUCUGUUUCGUGACAAAGUUGUUCUUGAUGUUGGCUGUGGCACUGGGAUUUUGUCCAUGUUUGCUGCCAAGGCUGGUGCAAAGCAUGUCUAUGCUGUUGAUUUCUCCUCUAUUAUCGACUAUUCCAAGCAAAUAAUCAAGGACAAUGAUUUUGAAGAAGUCAUCACCCUCAUCAAAGGCAAAAUUGAAGAAGUUGAGCUUCCCGUUGACAAGGUUGACAUCAUUAUCAGUGAAUGGAUGGGCUAUUGCCUUUUAUAUGAGUCAAUGUUGGACACUGUGUUAUUUGCCCGUGAUAAGUGGCUGAAACCUGGUGGGCUGUUGUUUCCGGACAAGGCGCAACUGUAUCUCUGUGCUAUUGAAGACAGGCAGUACAAAGAGGAUAAAAUUUAUUGGUGGGACAGAGUUUAUGGGUUUGACAUGAGCUGUAUCAGGAAAGUAGCCCUAACAGAACCUCUUGUGGAUGUUGUUGAGGCCAAACAAGUCGUCACUAAUUCUUGCUUAGUGAAGGAAAUUGAUUUGCAUACAGUCAAGAAAGAGGAUUUGUCCUUCAAUGCACCUUUUCAGUUGUACUGUCGGAGAAAUGAUUACAUUCAUGCCCUUGUUGCAUUCUUUACUGUGGAAUUCACACAUUGCCACAAAAGAACAGGAUUCUCUACUGCUCCAGACUGUCAUUAUACUCACUGGAAGCAAACAGUUUUCUAUCUUCAAGACUACUUGACGGUCAAGUAUGGGGAAGAGUUAAUUGGAGAAUUUGAAAUAAAACCAAACCCCAGAAAUAAUCGUGAUCUGGAUUUUAAGAUCAAAGUAAAUUUUAGUGGUGAGCUGUGUAAUCAUGAAAGUUCAGGCAACUACAGGAUGCGAUAGUAAGAGACUUGUACAGCAACAAGAUAGUAAUAUAAAGGAUGCCACAGGUGGGCAUGCCACUAGUUGGAAUAAUGUAGGCAGAGUUAAAACAGUUUAGUGAUAUAAACAGCAGCAGCAGCAGCAGCAGCAGCAGCAGGUGAGAAAGGCAACUUUCCUGUCUUGAUGCAGUGUUCUCCCAGGUUUUUUUAAUGCCAGGCUGGUCACCUGGCUUGUUUGCCAACAGGGUAAAAAAAUAGAAUUUAAUGAUGCUACUACCUAGCUUUAAACCUCUGACACAUUCAUUUUGUGAAUGAUGGACAGUGCUGCCAUAAUUUGUCAAAAGUUUUCCAUUAGUUGCAACAUCUUAGCACCCUAAAAUGCUCCAGUCUUCAUUUUAAGGGUGCCUAAAUUCAUGAUAAGUGUUUAAAAUUUAAGUCACAAAUUAUUAGGAGGACACUAAAAUGAUGAGCAAAAAGGAAAAAACAACAGCAAGGGCCAGUAUUGUUGUACUCUUCAUAGUAUCUCCUUUGUUUCUGUUACGUUUUUAAGGGAACAAGGGAUUGUGUUGUUAUAUAACUUUUGCUGCAUUUUUGUGCUCAGUGUACAAGAAGUGUUAUUGUAAAGCAAUACCCAGUCUGAGCAUACCAAUGUGUCUUAAUGUGUAGUUAGUUUAUUUUAGUUUAAAUUAUCAUGGAUUGACA